AAUAUAUGCUGUUGGAGGAUGUGAUGAGAAUGUUCAUUUGUCUAGUGCUGAAGUGUUUGAUCCAUUAACAAACAGGUGGUCAAUGUUGGCAUCUAUGUCAACUCCUAGAAGAGGUCUUGGACUUUGUUCUAUGGGUGGUCCUAUAUAUGCUGUUGGUGGCUUGGAUGACACAGUCUUCUUCUCUACAGUUGAAAGGUAUGAUGUCAACUCAGAUAUGUGGAAUGUUGUUGCCCCAAUGAAUUGUGCUAGGGGUGGAGUUGCAGUUGUAAAACUGAAAGGUCUCAUGUAUGCAUUAGGAGGAAAUAGUGGUCAGUUUUCCUUACAGUUGUGUGAAGUUUAUGAUCCUCAUCUUGACAAAUGGACUUUUAUAGAAUCAAUGAAUCAGUGCCGAGCUGGUGCAGGGGUAGUAGUGUUAGAUGGAUUCAUAUAUGUAAUUGGUGGUUUUGAAAAUAAUGUACCUUUAAAUUCUGUUGAAAAGUACGAUCCUGAUACCAAUAAAUGGACUUUUGUAUCUCCAAUGAAAUACUGCAGGGGAGGAGUUGGUGCUGCUACAUUAGGAGGUUUUAUAUUUGCUGUUGGUGGUCAUAAUGGGUCUCAGUACUUAAAUACGGUAGAAAUUUAUGAUGCACAGAAUGACAGAUGGAAAAUGGGUCCUGAAAUUAGUGACUGCCGUGCUGGGGCUGGUGUUGCUUGGUGUUCUUGCAGUGCUGAUCACUUAAAUAAAUUAUGUCUGCAAAAAAACAAAAAUGAAAAGGAAAUUUCAUGAUAAGUUUCUCAUGUGAUUCUUGUUUUUGUUUCUAUUGUUGCAUGUAUAAAAUCAUUUUUGGAAUUUUUCAUGUGCUGUUUCAAAACCUUAGUUAAAAAUUCUCUAAGCACUGUAGUUAUAGAUAUUAAUGAAAGAUCUGUUGACAAUUUUACAAUCUUUACAAGUUUAAUCCUGGAGUAGUCAUGCAAGAAAUUUUUUAUAAAUAGUCACAUGAAUGGUAGAUGCUUUUUGUGUUUUUAUUGCUCAAAAUUAUUUUAAAGUAAAGUAAUUUUUCUCAUCUCUGAUAAUUUAGCGAAAAAUUUCACAAAACUUAUUUAAUAAAUUUGCUUUUAUAUUAAAGGUAUAAUGAAUAUGAAUACUUUUUUUAUCAUGAACUCUUAAGAUCAACAAUCUUUUUCAUUAAGUUCUCUUCUGAGACUAAAAUUUGAAGACCUCUGUAAUAAAAUAUUCCUGUUCAUGAGUUUCCCUUAAAUUAACUUUUUGAACCUAAUUUCCCUGCACAUCAGGAUUAUUCUGUCUUUCUGUUUUUGUCCCCCUGUCUAAAUGUUCAGAAUAAAAAUUGUGCAAUUUAAUUCAUUGAGCAUAAUUGCUAAUUUUUGUAGUAGUUAGCAGACACAACUAUAAUGGUGGGCAUGGAUCUACAUCUUGGGAAAGGCAUAGAUGUUUGUAAUAUUUCUACCCCCUUUGCAAUAUUAAUUUAUACAUAAUGGCCCUCCUAAUAAUAAACUCUAAAGUGAAAUUUAGCCAUCCCCAAUGAAAUCCCUUAUUGAUAAGCAGUUAGUUAAUCUGGGGGGUUGACAAAGUAGAGGGAUAGUGAUAAUAUAGCUCUAAAAAGCUGAAGAAAUCACCAAUUUUCUGAAAUUUAAAAUAUUUGAUUAUAUUGUAAGCUAAUGUCAAAUAAAAGUAAUGACAAUAAUUAAAGGCAUUAAAGCUAGAUACAAAUAAAAGUAACCUAUAUAAAUUUGUUUUUAAUUAAAAUUGUGAUUAAUUGAGGAAGUAAAUUUUUUUCUUAUUAUUGAUAUGUAGCUGUUCAUAUGGAUGACUUAUUUUUGAUCUAAAAUAAAAUGCAAGUAAAUCUUAGUCAAUUCUUGCUAGCAAAUUUCUUAACUGGCAACA